GCCUAGCCCCAGAAAUAACCUACCGCUCUAACUCUCUAAUCAAAGAAACCAAACUCAAAGAAACAAAAGAGGAAGAAGGGAUCAAUAAGAUCAGAUAUAUCAUAAUAUGGGUCACCAUUCUUGCUGCAACCAGCAAAAGGUUAAGAGAGGACUUUGGUCACCUGAAGAAGAUGAAAAGCUCAUCAGAUAUAUCACUACACAUGGCUAUGGAUGUUGGAGUGAGGUUCCUGAGAAAGCUGGGCUUCAAAGAUGUGGCAAGAGUUGUCGUUUGAGAUGGAUUAAUUACUUGAGGCCUGACAUAAGAAGAGGAAGAUUUACUCCAGAGGAGGAGAAGUUGAUAAUUAGCCUUCAUGGUGUUGUUGGAAACAGAUGGGCUCAUAUUGCAAGUCACUUGCCUGGAAGAACAGACAAUGAGAUUAAGAACUAUUGGAAUUCUUGGAUUAAAAAGAAGAUACGAAAGCCUUCAGCAACUGCAACAAUAACCAAUGCAACUACCAGUACUGAUCAUUCAAAUAUAAAUUAUACCUCAAACCAACUAGAUUUAGGUCAUCAAGAUUUGACAAGGCCACAAGUUCAAGAAACCCUAUUUUCGUCUUCAGCUCCCUUAUUUAUGUUUGACACCAGUACUGCCUCACUUGAUGGAAUUGUGGAUAGUAGUGUACGUGGGGAACUUUUUCAUGAUUCGGCAAGCUUAAACACUGAAACUUGGAAUUCAAGCCAGCACCAUCAUGUUCAAGCAGUACUGCCACCCCAAGCAACAUUUAGUAUUGGAAUGGAUACAAAUUACCUGCCUCCAUUGAUUGACAACAUGGAGAACAUGGUGCCUAUUGAGAUGCAAUCCUGUAGCAUGAAUGACGAAGGAGAGAUAUCAUUGGAAUGCUUACAAAGACAAGAGUUGAAUAUUGAAUGGGUGGAAUCCCAACAGUGCUCAAACUUUCUUUUUUGGGAUAAUGUUGAAGGACCACUUGGUGGAGAAGAAAUUGUACCAACUUCAUCAAGUAUGGGAGCUGCUACACUCUCUUCUUUCCCUUCAUCUCUAUAAGAUAUUUAUAAUGGUGAAAACGGCCUCUCAUUUCUCUUCCCUCUUCAUCUUUUUAUAGAGCUUUCAGAAUGGUCCAGGGCUUCAGGCUUUUGAAGACAGCUUGUUGAUUUCUUUUCUUUCAUUUCUACCCCGCCUUUUAACUCCCACAGGUGAGAUUGUGAGAAUUGAGGCAAUGAAAACAGAUAACUGCAUAAGGAUGCAUGUAAUCUUGUUUUCUUGGCGUUUGCAGAGGAAAGAAUAAAGGCAACACAACAAACCCCAGCAGAGUUUGAUCAUGAUUAUGGUGAUGUCAACGAGUGGUUUUUUUUUUCUUUCACUUUUUCAAGAAUUUUGAAUAACAGUUCUAAUGGACUUCGUGUAUAUCUUUCUUAUGACGAGCUGAUACAUUGAAAAAAGAAAAAAAAAAGUUAAAGGAGGGCAUACCACAUGCUGAAAUGUAAUUUAAGAAAUGAUUAUGGUAUCGAUCAUUGAAUG